CUUACUUAGGAAGCAAGGAGUUGAGGAAUUCGCCGAUCACCUCGCCCAUUUUCUCCGUCUGACCAGAAUUUGCAUAUAAAGAGAACGGCAUGGCAGCAGAUAACCUGCCUUAAGCUAUAUCUACCUUCUCUAUCUCUCUGCUGCCCGAAUUCCAAUUACUUAAUUAAUGUGGGGGAUCAACGAAAACUUCUUCCAACAAAACGGCGGCCGAAUCCUCCGGCAACGUCUGACGGAACUCAACAUAUCUCCUCCAACCUUCCGCAUCUUCACCGCCGAGGAGUUGGAGCUCGCCACCGACGGCUACAACGAAAGCCGCAGCAUCGGCGAGGCAAGCAACGGCUGCAGCACCGUCUACAAAGGCAUCAUUUAUGAUCGCAUAGUUGCUAUCAAGCGAUGGUGCCACGUUAACGAGCCCCGGGUCAAACAGUUUCUAAGCGAGCUCGUAACCCUCUCGAUGCUCCCGGCCGACAAGCAUAUUGUCCGACUUCUCGGCGCCUGUUGCGACGAUACGCCGGUCCCUGUGGUGGUCUACGAGUACGUGCCCAACGGAACGCUGUAUCACCACGUCCACGAACUCCAUGGCUCUGGCCUUUCUUGGGAGGCUCGCUUGAGAAUCGCGGCGAAGACGGCAGAAGCUCUGGCUUGCCUCCACUCUGCCAUCCCCGAUCCGCAAUUCCAUCGCGGGGUGAGUACCAAGGAUAUAUUGUUGGACGAGGGGAUGGAGCCAAAGGUGCCCGAUUUCGGGGCGAGAUUGGUGAAAGUUAGUUGCUUGGUUGUGUCGAAGAUUAUGAAAGACAGGGAGGGGAAUUGGGAUCCGAUGUUUGUGAAAAUUUCUGGGAGGCCGACGGAGAAGGGAGAUAUGCAGGCCAUGGAUGAAAACUUCUUCGAGCAAAACGCGGGCCAAAUCUUCCGGCAGCGACUGACGGAACUCAAUCUAUCUCCUCGAACCUUCCAAAUAUUAACCGCCGAGGAGCUGGAUCUAGCCACCGACGGCUACAGCGAAAGCCGCAUCAUCGGCCCAGGAAGCAACACCGACAGCAUCGUCUACAGAGGCCUUCUCCCCGCCGCCGAUGACAACAACACUAAUCAUCGCAUCGUUGCUGUCAAGAAAUGGAUCUCCUUUGGGGAGCACCAUAUCGACCAAUUCAUAAACGAGCUGCUCAUUCUCUCCAAUCUGCCGGCCGACGAGCACAUCGUCCGCAUCCUCGGCGCCGGCUGCGAUGAAACGCCGUUCCCUGUGGUGGUCUACGAGUACAUGCCCAAUGGAACACUCCACCACCACAUCCACGACCUCCAUGGCUCCCUGUCUUGGGAAGCUCGGUUGAGAAUCGCGGCGGUGACGGCGAAUGCAUUGGCCUGCCUCCACUCUGCCAUCCCCAAUCCGCAAUUCCAUCGCGGGGUGAAAGCAAAGGAUAUACUGUUGGACGAGGGGAUGGAGGCCAAGGUGUCGGAUUUUGGGGCCAGAUUGAUGAUGGUGGGCUGCUUCACGUUUCUGAGGAUUAAGAAGGACAGGGAAGGGUAUUUGGAGCCGGAGUCUAAGAGAUUUGCUGGGUGGACGGUGGAGAAAGGAGAUGUGUAUAGCUUUGGGGUGGUGAUGGCUGAGCUGUUGACGGGGGAAUUGCCAGUGUCGUCGGAGGGGGUGGAGUUGGGGAAGCGGUUUGGGGAAUGGGUUGCGGAGGGGAGGUUGGUGGACAUGUUGGAGGAGAGGGUGAAGGAGGAAGCUGUUGGGAAGGGGGGAUUGGGGGAGGCGGUGGCGGAGGUGGCGACAAGGUGUUUGAUGGUGGAGGCGGAGGACAGGCCGACGAUGAGGGAGGUGGCGGAGGAGCUGCAACGUUUGAUGAGGAGGUACUAUCAGGGGAGGAACGCCGGAGAAGGUGGCGGCGCCGCCUAGAUAGCGAGCGGCAGUCGAACAAUUGUAUCAAACCAAUUCAGUCCCAAAUCGCAAUCCUGAUU